AUGUCCUCGGGCUCCUCAUUUGCCAAAGCUCCUUGCAUGAACUGCCGAACGAGCCACCAGAAAUGUGAUAAGCGAAAGCCGGUUUGCAAGCGCUGCGAGAAGAAGGGACUUGAUUGCAAGCCCGUGCAGAGGAAAGCAUUAUUUCGACAUGGAUCCACGGCCAAUCUGGAUGCAAGCUUCUCCGGGGGUCAGAUAUGGGUGAAUAGCAAGCCCAAAAAUUGGAGACCAACCAAGAAAACAUCAAAAGCUCCUCCCCCUACCCCUACCGCACCACCCUGGGUCGCUGGUGAUUCCCAGGGAAAUGCCAGUACUGCUGGAGCAUAUAUCUCUGAGAAUCAGGCUGUGAUCGAUGCCUUGUCUCCUCUUGAGACAUAUGUAACCGGAACCCAUCAAAAUGAAAGCGAAGAAAACUCACAAGAGACUGAUCAGUUCCACGACUCGGAUCGCGACCAUGGCGACUCGCCCAGAACCCCAGGGCUGGAUUUAACAUCGAGUGCGACGCCACAAACAAGCGUUCACGACAUAAAUUUUUCUCCUGGUUGUGACUCUGCGGCCAGUACUGCGUCCACUCUUGAUACAAACUCUCCUUCUUCAAGCAAUGGCCUGGCAACAGAAUCGAGUGGAGUUGUACAAGAAUCUUGCCUUCUACGAUAUUUUAUUGACGAGUUAUCGCCUUGGUUUGACCAUUGUGAUGAGCGUCGACAUUUCCAACUAGUAGUCCCUCGUCGAGCACAGCAUUGUGCAACUCUUCGGAACGCUGUAUUCGCCGUAUCAGCUCGCCAUCUUUGUCGCCUACCACAGUACAAAACCCCCAAUGGGAUUGUGUACCAAGGGCAAUUGCUUCCUAAUUUGGAGAAAUCUAGCGCACUCGAGUACAUGCUCAAGUGCAUACCAGAUCUCGUUGAGUUCCCCAAUAUCCAUGACCCCAUGCACCAAGAGAACCUUAUGGCAGCUACAGUAAUCUUACGGCAAUAUGAAGAAAUGGAAGAAGACAUGGAAGAGAGUGAAGUACAGUCUGCACAACGCGGAGCCGUGAACUUUCUUGCCAUUACUCAUACGAUUAUUGACUCUAUGAGCGCAUCUCCGCUUGAUUCCUCCCUUGCCACAGCCACAUACUGGAUCACUGUUCGACAAGAGAUCUACUUUGCUUUGACACGAGAAGCUGUUCCUCAUAUACGCUUUGAUGCCGACCGCUGGCUCAAUGUUUCGAUAGCGAACACGAUGAUUAUGUUUUCUGGACAAGUUGCUACAUGGCGCUGGGGAAAUAAAUCAGCAGAGGAAUGGACCCAACUCAAAUCCCAAGAGCAUCAGCUGCUCCGCGAUUCUUUGGGGGAACUGAAACCGACCCUUGACCUAAAGGCAGAAAGAACAAAGGGUCACAUAUUUCCAACUGUGUGGUACAAUUUCGAUCUUCAAGUGACUGCCGUCCAACACUUUCUGUUUGCGCAAAUGAUUUUGACUGCAGAAAACCCUCAUCUCGAGUAA